CAAUUUCUGAAGAAGUGAAGGUGCCACAGACAACUUUGAGAAAGGCAAUAAUAUGAUUAUAGCGAUCGGAGUAGCAUUUGCAAUGGGUUUUAUUGGAUGGGUUUAUGUAGCACUUUUGAAGCCUCCAUCUCCAAAGCUAUGUGGAUCACCAAAUGGUCCUCCACUGAGCUCACCUAGAGUAAAACUCAGUGAUGGAAGGCAUUUGGCCUACAAAGAAUUAGGAGUUCGUAAGGAGGAGGCUCGUUACAAGAUCAUUAUUUCUCAUGGCCUUUAUAGCUGCAAAGAUAUGGAUUUGCCUAUCUCUCAAGAACGAAUGGAGGAGCUUAAAUUGUACAUAGUAAUCUAUGAUAGAGCGGGUCAUUGUGAGAGUGACCCAUAUCCAUCACGUUCAGUAAGAACUGAGGCAUUUGACAUUCAAGAAUUAGCUGACAAGUUGGAGCUUGGCACAAAAUUUUACGUAAUGGGAUGUUCGGUUGGAGCGUAUGCUGUUUGGGGUUGUUUGAACUAUAUUCCACACAGACUCUUGGGUGCUUCCCUAGUGGUUCCUACGGUGAAUUUUUGGUGGUCUUCCUUUCCUUCAUAUUUAUCACAGCGUUGUUUUGCAAAGUAUCCUCAAUCAUAUAAACGUAUGUUUUGGAUUGCAUAUUAUACACCUUGGUUGAUGUAUUGGUGGUUGACACAAAAAUGGUUCCCAAAUUUGGAUAAUGAGGACAUGUUAUCAAAUUCUGAUUUAGUCAUAACAAAGAGGCUUAUGGAACGUCCAGAUAAGUGCAAUAUAGUACAACAAGGGGAACACGAAUGUAUCCAUAAAGACUUAUUGUGUAAUUUUGGAAAAUGGGAGUUCGAUCCCAUGGAGUUGAGCAAUCCAUUUCCUCACAACAAGGGCUCUUUUCAUAUGUGGCAAGGCAGUGAAGACCGCAUAGUUCCUAUUGAAUUGAAUCGCUUUAUAGUGCGAAAGCUUCCAUGGAUUCAAUAUCAUGAGAUUUAUGGUACCGGUCAUUUUCUAGUUCAUGAUGCUAAAAACUUAGAAGCCAUAAUAAGGGCACUUCUUGUCUUAUAAUUUCGUCUAAUGUCGAUUUGGGCCAAUGAGCGCACGAGUGACAUUUGGCAAUAGUAUAUUGUUGUUGAGUUUAAAAAUAAGCUCGGAGAUUAUGUAUGGUGCAUGGAAAUUUGUUUUUGUUAAGGUACAUGUUUGUCUUUUGUUAAGAUACAUGAAUAGUAUGUCGGCCUGUGUGUAUUUA